CAGAGGACCCCUUAUAUAAAGCUCUGUCUCCCCUCUAGUUGUUACUCUCCUUGUUUUCAUCAGUGAACAUCCUUCUAUCCAUCCUUUUGCUGUUCAGUGUCACCAUGUCUGAUUUAGAAGAUCAUGGAGACCAUCAGGAGGAAGAAGAUGAGGAGCAGGGAGAGGGAGAAGAACGCCCCAAAUACAAGCCAGUGGUCACGCAGCUCGCUGCCCCCAAAAUCCCAGAGGGGGAGAGGGUUGACUUUGAUGAUAUCCACAGGAAAAGGAUGGAGAAAGACCUCCUGGAGCUACAGACUCUGAUUGAUGUCCACUUUGAGCAGAGGAAGAAGGAGGAAGAGGAGCUGAUAGGACUCAAAGACAGGAUUGAGAGCCGCCGGGCAGAAAGAGCUGAGCAGCAGCGUGUGAGGGCUGAAAAAGAGCGAGACAGGCAGACACGGAUUGCGGAGGAGAGACAGAGGAAAGAGGAUGAAGAGGCCAAGAAGAGGGCGGAGGAUGAGGCCAAGAAGAAGAAAGUGCUCUCCAACAUGGGGGCUCACUUUGGAGGGUUCCUGGCCAAGGUAGAGCAGAGGCGAGGCAAAAGGCAAACUGCGAGGGAAAUCAAGAAGAAGACUCUAGCAGAGAGACACAAGCCACUGGCUAUAGAGAACCUGAGAGAGGAUGGCCUGAGAGAGAGAGCCAAGGAGAUGUGGGAAUGUGUCUACCAGCUGGAGUCAGAGAAAUUCGAUCUGACUGAGAAGAUGAGGAGGCAGAAGUAUGAGAUCAACGUCCUCCUGAACCGAAUCCAACAUGCUCAGAAAUUCAAAAAGGUCCAUGGUAAGGGGAAGGUUGGAGGACGCUGGAAGUGAACUCACACAGGAGGCACAAAGAAACAAGAAGACAGUCCACGAUUGCAGCAGUUUUGCAGUGUUCAUCACUUAAGAGAGAUAUAAGAGAUCUAUGUGUGGCAAUUAUUGAAAUACAACCACUUGCACUGGCAUCUGUAUUUAUUAAAAUGCAUGUAUA